AUGUCGACAGCAGCCGGCCCUUCCCCCUCCCCAUCACCUGAUUCAUCUGGCAAGCACAUCGCCCUUCUACCACUGUCCUAUCACCACCGUAUUGCCGAGCAUAUAGAGAGCAAGCUGAGGGCAGGCGGAGGGGCCUUGGUGGUCAUGGGCCAAGGCUUGGGUGUGUGCGAGCUGGUGUCAGCGUUGCUGAGACGACUCCAAGCGUGUCGCCCUGUUGGAGAGCCACUGAUCCUCAUCAUGAAUGCCCGGGAAGGAGAGGCAGAGUGCAUUGGAGCUACUCCUGUCACGGCCGAUGUCGCACCAGCGCAGAGGGACGAGAUGUACUUAGCAGGAGGGUGUUUGUCAAUAACUAGUCGAAUACUGGUAACCGAUUUACUCACGAAUAGACUCACCACAGAGAUAGUGGCGGGGGUGGUGGUCCUCAACGCCCACGGCAGCUCCCAUUGUGAACAGUUCGCAUGUGAGCUGUAUCGGGAGAGGAAACAGAAGGGCAGGGGCUUCAUUGCGGCCUUCACUGACAACCCCAUCAGAUGCAGGACCCUCAUGAAUGUCGAGAGUCUCCUUCGGGAGCUGCAGAUAGGCUCCACCUCGAUAGUGCUGGUACCGCGGUUCAGGAGUGAGGUUAUGGAUACCUUCAAGCCAUCCGAAGGGGAUGCUAAUGUUGCUGCUCCCUCUGGGGUUAGGGUCUUGAGCAUACCACUCCCUGCCCAAAUCGCGGAGGCUGAGAAGACGCUGAAUACUAUACUGGAGGCGAACUUCGAGGACAUAAGCAAAAGCAAGGGCAUCAUCGACGCUGGUAUAGUCAUCUUCCCUCAAGGCCUACCUAAAGGAUCACUACGUGGCCUAGCAGUCAUCGACAACUGGUUUACGUUGCGUUCCCAGCUGUCCAUGGUAUGGGACCAGUUGGGCCGACGGACACAGAACAUGAUCCGAGACGCUGAUGCGUUGGAGAAGCUCGCACAUAAGCUGAGGUCAGGGGAUGCAACUGCGUUCUUCGUGUCUCUACUGGAGAGUAUAUCGGCCCAUCCUGAUUCCCCCUGGGUCAACGCUGGAGCUACACACCAACUGAUCAGCCAAGCACGCCAGAGACUAUACAACAUCGACGCCAGAGGUCUCCAUCUACAUAUCGAUCCACCUCCCAAGUGGGCCAUGCUCCAGAAGGCCAUCAAUGAUGAAGCCAUUCGACAUCUCAAGGAGCAGCAGCAGAAUGUCUCUCCAUUGCCAUCAUACAGUUCGGCAGAGAUAAGGAUAACGGUGGUUACCCAUGCUCAGACCUCAUCGUACAUGACUAAAGCCCUCGUGGAUCGAGGUCCGGAAGCGGCCCUCCUACAGUCUUUCCAGAGCUUCCUUUAUGAGGUGCGCAGUAAUGAUUACUUCAAGCCCAAGGUCGCUGGAUCGGCCCUAGGCAUACACUCGACAGAGGCUACUCAUCUUAAGGAGGAGCUCUACAAUAUGUCUGACCGUUGUGCUAAUGUAUGCAGCCGGUCCCUAGAGGGCCUAAGGGAUGUGGUCAUUGGGACUACUGAGCAGGGAGAACCUGUGAAAGGGAGCAUCAAUGUUAUGGUGAAUGUCGUGGACGCCUUCAAGGGAGAUGGCUACAUGAGCACCCGUCUGGCGGAGUUCCAACCCAACGUCGUUAUCUUAUACGAUGCCCCGACGAUACUACCGAUAAGGGUGGCGGAGCGAUACACCUCUCAUAUGAAGGGAAGGGGAGAGCCUCUGGUACACACUGUGAUAAUUCAAGUGAUGAACUCCCAUGAGUCCCGUCGACUGUCCCAGUCGGGGGUGCAGGAGCAGCAGGCCUUCCAUGACCUCAUCAGCAUGGAGAAGAGUGUGUCGACGUCCAAGCCAAAGGAUGAGUGGCAACCGCUAAUGACCCCAGUUGGAGGGGCAGCAGCAGCAUCGUCAUCACGGGCAGGGGGUCGGAAGAGGAAAAGAGAGGGGGAAAUGCGACAGACGGUCCUUGUGGACGUCAGAGAGCUGAGGAGCAACCUCCCAUUGGAGCUGCAUCGGAAGGGCCUCACGUUGCUACCGUAUACCCUCCCAGUUGGGGACUUUAUCCUUUCUCGAGACAUAUGUAUCGAGAGAAAGGCCCUUCCGGACCUCAUAGGAAGCCUGGGCAGUGGUCGACUGUACCGCCAGGCGGUGAGUAUGUCCUUCAAUUACCGUGCCCCUUGCCUUUUGGUGGAGGUGCAGGAGACGGAGGCUGGUGCUCUGAUGAAGGGUAACUCUGCUAGGAUCAGCGACAGUGACACGAUAUCUAGGCUGGUUGCCCUUGUCCUGCACUUCCCUAGCCUUCGCCUUAUGUGGUCCCUGUCGGACAGGAGUACUGCUAAUCUGUUUGUAGCUUUGAAGGUGAGGGCGGUACAGCAGCCCGACCCAGUAGAGGCUAUGAAGAAGCGGGUGGAGGGCAGUGUUCCUGAUGACACGAUAGAAGGCUCGACUACUACUGCUGGUACUGAGUCUGGCCCCAGCAGUCAGGAGGACCUGGCAUCAAAGAAGGCACGGAGCGCUAAUCCGGCCUCGACAAGGACCUCAGCUUCAGAGAUACUCCUCAAUUGCCCUGGUAUCACGCCGCACAUUCUAACUGUUCUGCGCAACUCCCCUAAGGCGAACACUCUGAAGAAGUUGGUGAAGUUGGACCGUGACACGAUGACUGAGCUGAUGGGACCAUCGGCAGCUAAGACUUUCCAUAAGUUCGUCAAUACCCCUUUGGAAGAUAAAAAAUGAGUUCAGAUUCUGAGUACAUUACUAUCGCGUUAAUAUUGAGUUUCACUG